AGUGUACUUCCAGCUGAUCGAUUCCCGGUUGAGGCAGUCGAAAGCUCAACCACCACAGCCUACAGUAACACAAACACACUAAAUUAUUUUCGAAUUAAAACGGGUUGUAAAUUAGUGUGUGCACGUCUUCAAUAUAAACUACCAGUGUUGUAGUGGACUGAGCUUUUAGUGCUUUGAUUGAAAGCUCAUCGAGAUGGCUGGAGCCGACCCGAAAUGGCAGAAGGACGCCGCCGAUCAGAAUUUCGAUUACAUGUUCAAACUGCUUAUCAUCGGCAACAGUUCUGUAGGGAAGACAUCGUUCUUGUUUCGAUACGCUGAUGACAGCUUCACGUCGGCUUUCGUCAGUACUGUUGGAAUUGAUUUUAAGGUCAAAACGGUUUUUAGACAUGACAAACGUGUCAAGCUACAGAUAUGGGAUACUGCCGGACAGGAGAGAUACAGGACCAUCACGACAGCUUAUUACAGAGGCGCCAUGGGUUUCAUCCUCAUGUAUGAUAUCACGAACGAAGAGUCCUUUAACAGCGUGCAGGACUGGGUGACUCAAAUAAAAACAUAUUCUUGGGACAAUGCCCAGGUGAUUCUCGUGGGAAACAAAUGCGACAUGGAAGACGAAAGAGUAAUAAGUUUUGAGCGAGGCAAGCAGUUAGCCGAACAACUUGGUGUUGAAUUUUUCGAAACUAGUGCAAAAGAGAACAUUAACGUUAAGGCUGUCUUCGAGCGACUGGUGGAUAUUAUCUGCGACAAAAUGUCGGAUAGUUUAGAUACAGAUCCAACUUUAAUGAGUGGAGGUGCGAAGGGACAACGUCUAACCGACGCGCCCCAAGGGCCUCAAGCUGCUAACUGCAACUGCUAAUAAUCUGAACGUUUCAGAAUUAAAAAUAACACAGGAUAGCUUUAUGGACAAAAUCACUUACCUGUUGAUACUAACUUCGACCAGGACGAAAUUUACAACUUAUUUAAAUAGUAAUUUAAUUUAACUGAGACUGACAAUACGCAUGCGUAUGUAUACUGCAGAAAUAUGUUGCUAUACUUGGGUGUUGCAUGCGUGUGUAUAACAUUUACAUUAACAGUUCGGGACAGAGACAGAAUUUUUACGAAAUUUUGCCCUUGUCCCAAGGUUUUGCAUUUUUAACAAUAUUCGAAAACGUCUCUAUGCAUUUUAUAAUUUAUAAAAUUACUCAAAAUAAUGUCAAUAUUAGCAAAAACUAGAUUAGAUUAUACAGGAAGGGUACGUUAGAAGGAAUUAUUAAUAAGUUCCGUUUACAAAAUUAUUUUUCUCAUUACAUUAGCAUUGAAAAAGGGUUUUUCAAAAUUUGUUCUGGAUAUUUUAGGUGCAGAGUAUCAAGAUUUUAGAGUAGAACUUGACCACUCUGUAGUAAAAAACAGGGUUAUGCGAUUGUGCCAUAUGUGCAAUGUGUAAGUAAAUUACGCUUUAUCACAUGUUGCCAACUGUAACUGAAGGGCGUAUUUUGCGAUCAGACGCAACAACCCUGAGUGUGUUAUAUUUAUGUAAUUCUGUAAGAAACGUAUCAUAUCUUUGGCCUAAAAUGGCAAUUUGUUUUAGACUAUGUGUUGUGUUAUUCUAGGACUGGGAGGUAGAGAAAGCUUAACAAAUACAAAAAUGCGUAUGUAGUUACCUACGUUAAUAAGUAAUUAAAGACAACAGAAUAAAUGUGAAUUUGUAAAUAUAGGAAUUGUAUGUUCGCUGUUACGUUUAGAGAAUUGAUUUUUUUAUUUUAUUAAAUUGUUAAAACGAAGAGAAUUUGUUAAUAGUCGCUUUCAUCUAGCAUAAGUUUUUUUUGAAGGUCGUAAUGAAAAAGUUUGACGGGACCUCCCCUCACAGGUCGCCGAUUCCAGAUCAGUGUUAAAAAAUAAUCACGUUGACUACAUUUAUAAAUUAUUUGUUUUGGUCAAUGUUUCCAUCUACUAAAAUGCUUCAGCUGGAAUUUCCUUCAUUCAAUCAGUGUAGAUGUUAUUAAUGUUUUGCCAUGACAUCCAGCUGAAGUCGUCUCUAUAAAUCUGUGCCUCACUUAAAACAUGACCGCCAGGAAGGAAGAGGAUCGCACAUUUUCUAGACCUCCUUCACACUUCUGGAGUUGCACUACUUCAGGAGAAGAAGACGGCCGCUCAUUGUUAUGUUAAAUGGAUUGUACAAUAUUAAAUAUUAUUUUGUGAAUUAGUGUAUAAUAAAAUAGUGUAUAUGCC